AUGGCGCAGCUACCAGAAGAGCUUCUCCAACACAUAUGCUCGUACCUCAGGAUAGAAUGUUCUCCAAAAAGUCAAGCAGAGGACAGACUCAGACUGGCUACACUGGCGAAAUUUUCGCUGGCAAGCAAAGCAUGCGAACGCUCCGCUGAAACACAUCUCUACUUCGCACUGGAUCUCAGGAAUAAUCCUUUCGCUCGCUUGCGUCCCUUUCUGGUCACCCUCGCGAGAAGACCUAGUCUCCGUGCACUGGUACAGCGAAUCCACAACGACUUCUUUGAGACGCAGAGAGAUGUAGAUAGCGGCAAUGCUGAGACCGAAGCUCCUUCAGCAGACAUAGGCACGCAAAUGACCAGUCUGGCUAAUGCUAUUUCGGAUGACGAUCUGCGAGACCAUAUCACAACCUCCCUUGCAAAGGGUGUACAGGAUGCAGAAUUGGCGCUCCUUCUGUGCUCAUGUCCGAACCUACGGCUGUGGGAGACUGUUGCGGUCAAUCGGAUGGAUCAAACACUUUGCAUGGCUGUCAUCCGCGCCGCGGCCCCCGGCGAUCAGGCGACCCACACGCCACCUCUGCAGCAUCUCAGCGAGAUUAGGGUGUCUCAUUGGGACACGGAGGGUGCUGUGAGGAUGCCUAAGAUCCAAAGCUUGCUGGAACUGCCGGCUCUGAAAACUUUCCGUGGCCGCAUGAUAUGUUGCGACGAGACAAACCCAGUCACGAGCAAACACUCAUCGAUUCUUGAGCGUCUUUAUCUAGACGAAAGUGUAAUCGAUGAGGCCGGACUUACCAGCUUGCUACCGACUCUUCCACGCUUGGAGACCUUAUCUGUACACUGGGCCAGCUCGAUCGUAGGCACUUGCGACCUUAGUUUCAUUGCUCUGGGUGGCGUUCUACGAAGUCAUGGGAAAGGGCUCAGAAACCUGACACUGAAGACUAGCGACGCCAAUGUCCACAGAAAUGCAUCGAUUCCACUAGGUGAUUUGAGGCCCUUGGAACAACUCCGUAUGCUGUCCGUACCAGAAACGUUGCUGUUCAGUGACCUUAAAAGUCCGCUCGAUGAUCACUGGCUUGCACAAAGACUGCCAACAUCCCUGAGGACGCUGCGGCUUAUAGCAGCUGAUGACGAUACGGCUGAAGCGCUCGACAAGCAAAUUUCUACACUAAUCAGCGACUCGGCCUUCGCAGAGUUGACCACAAUCAAGAUCAAUCGAAGCGAGGAGUUCACAAUGGAUGUGAGUGAUAUUGGAUGGGACGAAUCCGAGAGCACCAAGUUUUGGGUAACUCUGAAGACGAUAGCAUAG